AUGAGAGCAGCUAAUAAUAACCGAGGUUAACCAGCAGCAGCUAGAGGAAGAGGUGGAAAUGUUUAGGCUAGAGGAUUACCAAACCAAGCAAGAGGAGGUUUGGCAGGUGUAGCUUAGAAUGCAGCUAGAAUAAAUCCGCUAGUUAACAGAGGAGGCCUAUAGAAUUAGAGAGGUGCACAUUAAGUGAACCGAGGCAGAGGAGGUACUCUUAGCUUUGCUUCAGCUUAUGGUAAUAUGAUGGAUUUGAUAUCAGAGUACCAUGAAGCUGGAUAAACAGGAAUGGAGAAUCUAACAAAGAAGGGCAUUUUAGAAACUUCUAAUGAUUUGUUUACCUUCAUAGCUACAAAAAACAUAGAUAGAUUCAACCAGAUUGUUGGAUAACUCGAGGAAUGCCUCGCUCAGGAAAGAUUAAAUGGACCCCAAAACCAACAGCCUUAAGAGUACGGCGAGGAAGAGGAAAAAGAGGAAGGAAAAUUUAGCCCAGAAUAGCUAAAAGUCCCUUCAAAGUUUAUUUAAGCACUGAGUGCAAAAAGUAAAGAUGGAAAAGGAAACCUGCUAGAUUUCGCGAUAACUGAAACUAUAAAACAUAAAGAUACGCGGUUUAUUAAAAGACUACUAGACAUUGGGUUCCCUCUAUAUAAAUAUAAUGGAGAGAGCCAGAUUUGGAAGAUCACUCAGAAUACUGACAAUCAGUUGUUUGAAUCUGUCUUGAUGAUGUUUAUCAAAGCUGGUUUUAAUAUCUAGAAGCCAAUAAGAGAAGAUGGAUUGAGUUUUAUUGAUAUCUUAUUCUCUUCUCAUGUUAACGAGUAGAGGAUUAAUCAAGCGCUGACAUACCUGAAAAGAGAGAUCACAGAGGAUGAGAGGAAUUAAUUGAUAGAAACUCUUGAGAAAAACCAUUUAGUUGCUAUUGCCGAUAAAAAGAAAGUGCUUUUAAAGUUUUGCUAAAGAGUGUACUUGGAUCAAGCAGGGUCAAUACUCUUUACAAUUCACCUGCUCUAAAGGAAAAAGAUCCCGAAUAAACUUGCUACUCUUAGAGAUCACAUCUUAAGGGAAGUAGUAAAAUACUUAUGA